AUGAAUCUUCAAUAUUAUUGGUUACUAUUCUUAGUAUCUAUUAUUUCGGCAGCAUCUGUUUCUAAAGAGUUUUCUAAAAUCACUGAAAGUGAAUUAAGUAACUUAAAGGGUGAUCCAUCAAUUACUGAAAAAGUUAUAUUUGAAAUUUCAGAAAAGAUAAAUGAUGAAGCGAAGAAAGUUGGAACCUUAACUAUUGGUUUAUUUGGAACUGUAGUGCCGCUUACCGUGAAAAACUUUGUGGAAUUGAGUAAAAUGACACAUGGGUUUGGGUACAAAGAUUGUAUAUUCCAUAGAAUUAUUAGUAACUUUAUGGUUCAAGGAGGUGAUUUUCAACAUAGUAAGGGAACUGGAGGUUAUUCAAUUUAUAACGAUUUUGGCCGUUUUGAUGAUGAGAAUUUUGAACUUAGUCAUUCUAAACUUGGAAGAUUAUCUAUGGCUAACGCAGGUCCAAACACUAAUGGUGGCCAAUUCUUCAUCACAGUUAAAGACGAUUGCACAUGGUUGGAUGGUAAACAUGUUGUAUUUGGACAAGUUAUUGAUGGGUUCUCUGUCUUGAAAUAUAUGGAAGAAGUACCUACCCAAGCUGGAGAUAAACCAGUUAAUACUCUUUACAUUAGUGACAUUAAGGUUUAUGAAGUAGAAGCGUCUGAACAAAAUUCUGGUACUGAAUCCAAAAUAUCCUCAUCUGAAGCUAAUCCUGAAUUCGAAAUUCCUGUUGUCAAUGAUGAUAAGGUACCUGAAACUAGUAAUUCAUCAUUUUAUCGUAAUUUGAUAAUUUUCUGUGCGUUAAUAUUUGUCGGCAUUUAUGUGAGAGAUGCUUAUAAAAAGGGGAUAUUACCUUCGUUAUCGGGUUAG